AUGGCGGGGCCCGCGUGGAUGUCCAAGGUCUCUCGGCUGCUGGGGGCAUUCCACAACCCAAAACAGGUGACCCGAGGUUUUGCUGGUGGCGUUCAGACAGUCACUCUAAUUCCAGGCGAUGGCAUCGGCCCGGAAAUCUCCAACUCCGUCAUGAAGAUCUUUGACGCCGCCAAAGCGCCCAUCCAGUGGGAGGAGCGGAGCGUCACUGCCAUCCAGGGGCCCAGCGGGAAGUGGAUGAUCCCCCUGGAUGCCAAGGAGUCCAUGGACAAGAACAAGAUGGGCCUCAAAGGCCCUUUAAAGACCCCGAUCGCUGCCGGCCACCCGUCCAUGAACUUGCUGCUGCGUAAGACCUUCGACCUCUACGCCAACGUCCGGCCGUGCGUGUCCAUCGAAGGCUACAAGACGCCGUACAACGACGUGAACAUUGUCACCAUCCGCGAGAACACGGAGGGCGAGUACAGCGGCAUCGAGCACGUGAUCGUGGACGGCGUCGUGCAGAGCAUCAAGCUCAUCACCGAGCAGGCGAGCAAGCGCAUCGCCGAGUUCGCCUUCGAGUACGCCCGCAACAACCACCGGAGCAACGUCACCGCCGUGCACAAGGCCAACAUCAUGCGCAUGUCCGACGGGCUUUUCCUGCAGAAGUGCAGGGAGGUGGCCGAGAACUGCAAAGACAUCAAAUUCAACGAGAUGUACCUGGACACGGUGUGCCUGAACAUGGUGCAGGAUCCGUCCCAGUUUGACGUCCUUGUGAUGCCCAAUUUGUACGGGGACAUCCUGAGCGACCUGUGUGCGGGGCUGAUCGGCGGGCUCGGCGUGACCCCGAGCGGCAACAUCGGCGCCAACGGGGUGGCCAUCUUCGAGUCGGUCCACGGGACGGCCCCCGACAUCGCGGGCAAGGACAUGGCCAACCCCACGGCCCUGCUGCUCAGCGCCGUGAUGAUGCUGCGCCACAUGGGCAUGUUCGAGCACGCCGGGCGCAUCGAGGCCGCCUGCUUCGCCACCAUCAAGGGGGGCAAGAGCCUGACAAAGGACCUGGGAGGCAACGCCAAGUGCUCGGACUUCACGGAGGAAAUCUGCCGGCGAGUGAAGGACACGGAGUAA